AUGUCAACCGAAGGUGCCUCCUUAAGUGAACAAUUACUUGACUUAUCUAGACGAAAUAAUGUUGAUUUGUUAGAUACUAUAUUAGAAACAUUGGAAAAUGAUCCUGAAAAGAUUGCUGGUUUAAUCAAUACUUCAAAGGAUCCAUUUGGUAAUACAGCUUUGCAUUUAUGUUGUAAAUAUGGAUCAUGGGAAGUAUUGGAUAAAAUUUUAGAUCAAGAAGGUGAUAUAGAGAUAGAUCCAAAAAAUACUACAGAUGGUGAUACUCCAUUACAUGUUACAGUUAGAUAUUCUAUGGAAGAACCUGAACAUGGUACUUUUAUUGCUUCUAAUUUAAUUGAAGUCGGUUCAGAUCCUAGAAUUAAAAAUAAUUCAAAUCAAAAACCAAUUGAUUUAAUUCAUGGUGAUGAGUUAGAUGAUUUAAUUGAUUUAUUACAAGGUGCAGAGAUUGCUGCUGAUAGUCGUGGGACUCGUGAUGAAGAAUUUGAAGGUGAAGUAGUAGAAGAAGAAGAAGCAGAUGAUAAUGAUGAUGGUGAUAAUGGUGAUGACGGUGUUAAAGAUACAAAAAAAUAA